UCCCUCGUCGUCCCCGUCCACAAGCUCCAGCUUGCAGCACGACUUUCCUCUACUUCUCUUCCUUUCAUACAGACGGACCUAAGGGAUAAAUUUGGGGGUCCUAUCUACCGUCAGUCAUUAUGACUUCGUUGCCUCCCCCUCCGCCGCCGCAAUGGGUCGUGCGGAUGAACACCCCCAUGCCACGCCCAUCCAAAGAGGCUGCCAGCAUCCCUGAUCCUCCAGGCUUCUCCAGGAAAGCUACUGGCAAGAACCAACGUGCCCAACAAGCAGCCGCAGCCUCCACCCCAGCCAAACCUGUCGAGACCGAUACCCUGAAACUCAAGAAAGCAUGGGAAAUCGCCCUAGCGCCCUCGAAGCAAAUCCCCAUGAACGCGAUCAUGAUGUACAUGUCCGGAAACAGCCUACAGAUCUUCAGCAUCAUGAUGGUGUUCAUGCUGUUCAAGGGCCCCAUCCAGGGCCUGAUCAACACCAACACCGUGUUCGCCAAGUUCGAUACCGAAGGCACGCGCGCGAAACUGCUGGGCGUCAAGGCUAUUUACGUUGUGAUGCAGCUGGUGUUAUUGUGUUUGGGCAUCUGGAAGGUUAAUGCGAUGGGACUCUUGCCGACUACGAGAUCGGAUUGGCUGGCUUGGGAGUCGGAACGGCAACCGUUGGAGCGGGCUUACUUUGCUUUUGGUUGAUCGGCAUGAGCGUCCGAUGCGGUGUCAAUUGAGAGAGAUGCAGAAUGAAACUAUAACCACUAUAGAUGAAGUCAUCAUGCCAAUUGUACAAAAUAUUGCGUGGUUCGAGAUCAAGCCAGUGCUAAUGUUAUGUUUCGGUAGCGCAUAGGGGCCAAUCUGUGGCCCAUCAUGUUAUGUGCUGAUUCAGAUCCCAAAACUGCUAGU